AUGGCCGAGGCAAUAGGCACAGCAAUAGGCGUGGUAGGUUUCCUAGGCCAGCUCUUUGACGGCUGCGUCAAGGCCUACGGCUACUUCUCCGCGGCCGCCAACCUCGACGCCGACUCGCAGCGGCUGCUGUGCAAAGUGCGCAUCGAGGAGAUGCGCCUCGUCGUCUGGGGCCGCGGGUGGGGCGUCGCCGAGGGCCGGCUGGAGGCGCACCUGAACGGGUUCAGUCGCGAGGCGGGCGAUCCGCGGAUGGCGGGGUUGGCGGAGGGGAUCAUGAGGGAGUUGCACGCUACCGUUACGGACUUUGGGAGGUUGAGGGAGAGGUAUGGGUUUGUGGAGCAUGGUAGUGAGCGGGGGAAGAUCGGGACGAGUAAUGGUGAUGGUGAGAAGGGAGGGGAGGGGAAGAAGAGGGAUUGGAGGAGGGAGAUUUCGAGGAGGGCGAAGUGGGUUAUUGCUGACAAGGAGAAGUUCACAAACCUACUGACGGACUUGAAAUACUUCAACGACGGCCUAGAACAACUCUUCCCGCCCCGCCUCCUCCCCUCCCUCCACCGCUCCUGGCGCCACUCCCUCCUCGACUCGGCCCGCCGCGACGUAGCCCAGCUCGCCCUCCUCGAGUCCUCCUCCGCAGACUCCUACCCGCAGCUCACCGCCUCCGCCAACCUCAAAAAGCUACGCAUCAACCUCGACGCCGAACCCCAGGCCUCCUUCCGCCCGACCUUCGCCUUCCGCAUCCCCCGUACGGACCUCGAUCUCAGCUCGUCCCCGCCAACGACGACGCCGUUGCUCUCGCCGCCGUUACCAACAUCCCCCACCCCCGGAGCCGGUACCAAACGCCGCAACUCCUCCACCGCAAAACAAGCCUCAUCACCCUCCUCAUCCUCCCUGAACCUCCUCUCCCUAACAGCAACAACAAACACAACCCGCACCCACGCAACACACACAACCCACGGCCCAGUCCUCGUAGAAUGGGUCGAAUACGACCCCUCCUCGCCCGACGAGCGCUUCCUCCACCUCCGCCGCCUCGACGACCUCGCCCGCAUGAUGCACUCGGCCUCCUCCAACCACCCGGACCUACACACGAUAGACUGCGUAGGCUACACCGACGACACGAACAACGCCCGCUACGGCCUCGUCUACCGCUGUCCCAUGCUCGCUCAACCAUCUUUACCUUCGGACUCCCUGCCCACAAAGACCAAACCCAAGACCAAGGCCACCACCGACACCGGAGCAGCAGCAGCAGCAGCAGCAGAAUCACCACAGCCACAACCAGCAACAUCCCACUCAACCCUCCACACCCUAAUCUCCUCCACAGACCUCAAAACUCCAGACCUAGACGACCGCAUAACCCUCGCAUCAACCCUCGCCUGCGCCCUCUGGUCCCUCCACUCCCUAGACUGGCUCCACAAGUCCCUCUGCAGCGCAAACAUCCUCUUCUUCCCCUCCGCCGCCUCCCUCGCAGCGACCCGCGCCACCACCGUCUCCGCCGCCGUCGUUCCAGAUAUCGGAUCACCGUACCUUGCCGGUUUCGAUGCCUCACGCCCAGACUUUGACGCCGAGAUGAGCGUCAAUCCGCGGAACCCUAGCAUCCUCGACCUCCACAGAGAUCCGCGUUCGCUGGGCACUGGCCUCGGGAGGAAACAGUACUGCAAGAGCUAUGAUGUGUACAGCCUGGGCCUAGUGCUGUUGGAGAUUGGGCUGUGGAAGGUGCUGCAAACAUACUACAAGCCGCAUUACUCGGCGGAGAAGUGGAGGGAUAGGGUCAUUUUGCCAGUCUUGGUUCCAGGAUUGGGUAGCAAGACCGGAAAGCUGUACAAGCAGGUGGUUGAAACGUGUCUGACAGCCAAUGAUGACAUGUCCGGCAGUGAGGCUGGGCAACUCAUGGAAUGGGUGGUCACAACGUUAGAAAGCAUACGCACAUAG